UGCACGACCGAGGGUUGGAGUUUUCGCGUUAACCAAUAAUAAUCCGGCGUCCGUUAGAAAACGUCUUCUUCGUAGAAUUUUCACAUUUUUCGUUUCCCAAAUAUUAUACGAUCGUAAGUAUCAGCAUAUUUCACCUUAUCAAUUCGUCAACGACAACCAGUUACACACGUUGGUAUUCUUUUUUCCCAAAUACCUGUCCUCGUUCCCAAUCUCUACCCCUUUUUAUUUCUUACACCGAUUUUUUUUUCAUCACGUUACAAGUUCGAGGACGUUCGCGAGUGUACGAAUUUUCUUCGCGAUUUUUUUUUUGUUUUGUUUUAAAUUUCCUAUCACGUGGUCUUCUAUAGGUAACUAUAACGUUUCGUUAUCGCAAAAACCCUCAUAACGGAUCCGAUAAAAAAAUACUACCUGGGAACUUUCCCAUCGACGAGUAAAAGUCCGAAACGCGAGCUACUCGAUGAGUCCGAAGAAGACGAGAUUAAAGCCAUCAAUUAUUCCAUAAGCAACGAGAUCUUCCUGCAGAAUUACGCCUGGCAGCAAGAGAAACAGUUGCGCAAAAACGACAAUACCUCAUUUAUGAAAAAAACCCAGCAGUGCGAAGAUAAGAAGAAGAAAUUCGAAGAUCCGGCCGAAUUCAUGGGUAUACCGAAAUCAACCUCGUCGCCGACCGCUUCCAUGUUCACAAUCGAGAAUAUCUUGUCGUCUAAGCCGAAAUUACUGAACGCCGGAGGCGCGAAUUUGCCUAAUAGUUUUACGCCCUUUUACCCCGAAAGAAGCGCCACUUUUUCGCCAGUCACCGCGUCCAUAUCUUCUAGUCCGUUCCAAUUUCGACACCAUUCGACGCCGACGGUCAACCUGAAUCAGUUGGCGACCGUGGCCGCAGCUACCUUCAAUCCUUCUACCACUGAUUUUUUGACGGUAGCAGGAUACCCUGGAUUUUAUCCAGGAAACUACCUUAGCCCAGCAGCUGCCGUAGCCGCAAUGGCAGCCAUGGGAGUCUCCCAUCCAGGAAUACCACCACCGAAACGAAAACGAAGACAUCGGACCAUUUUCACCGAAGAACAAUUGGAGCAAUUGGAGGCUACAUUUGAAAAGACUCAUUAUCCAGAUGUCGUCUUGAGGGAACAGCUCGCUCUGAAAGUUGAUCUCAAAGAGGAACGAGUCGAGGUAUGGUUUAAAAACCGAAGAGCAAAAUGGCGAAAACAAAAACGAGAAGAACAAGAUAGAGUAAGAAAAAUGCACGAAGAUCAAUUAAAUUUAUCUAAUUCGCAUAAGUUACCUACUGCCCAGGAUAUGACUUCGUUGUCACAUUCGCAUUACACAUCCGACGAUGAAGAAGAUUCCUCUGAUUUGGAAGUUGUUGCUUGA